ACUAUAUAUCUUAAUCCUUUACUAUCUCUGACUCUGUUUGUUGUUAAAAUGAAGUCAACUGGAUCUGCUAUGAUAUUUCUAUUGUUCCUUAUUGUGCUGCCUAAUAGCAGAUGUGAAGAAGCACCACCUAUACCCAAUAAUACAUCAGGCGUUAGACUGUAUCUUCCUUUUAAAUCAAGAGAGCUCCAAACAUACUCAAUCAUAAGUGCAGAAAUGUUUUAUGAUAAAGAUCACAGCACUACAGAUACCAGCAGUGAUGGAAUUGUUGAUGCUUUGUGGUGUCAGAGCUCAGAUCCAGAAGCUGUUGGUACUUGGUAUUUCCCUAAUGAUACAGAAGUGCCUGCUUUUGAUGGAGAGUUUGGCAAUGACUCAGCUCCAAGACCAGUCUUUGCUAAAAGCUUUGAUGGACAAGUUGCACUAGCAAGGAGAGAAGGACUCUUAGGAUAUGAAGGUUUAUAUAAGUGUGUCAUUCCUGAUGAGGAUGGAGUGAAUCAAACACUAGUAGCUGGAAUAUAUAGGACUAGGCUUUAUAAAGCUAAUGAGGGGCCUCGUUUAUCAUCAGCUGUGACAUACAAUCUAAUCUCAGUGCUACCUCUUCAUGCAUCACUCAAUUUCAAUGUCACAAGAAGUCCACCUACCUACCUCAACUGCACUGUCAAUGAUACAAUAUCACUUUCAUUCAGUCGUACUGUAUUAGAUGGACCUAGCUCAGUUACAGGAGUUAGUGUAGCAGUGACAGAGAGAUAUGCUGGUCGUUAUGAAUUCAUAGUUUCUAAUAAUAGAGUGACUGACUCUGAAGCUAAUGGGAUUGUUGCAGCUAUUGGUGAUUCUAGAUCUCUCACUAUUGGAGUUGCUGAAGCUCCUACUGGUUUAGCUGUAAUGCUAACUGGUUCAACUACAGUACAAGUCUCUUGGUCACAUCCAGGCACUACCCCACACAGAUAUGAAGUCUUUCAAGUGCACAACAACAGGACACAAAGUGUCUUCAAUACUUUAAUGGAUACUACUGCUAAUAUAAAGGGACUCACUCAAGGAGAGAGCUACACAUUCUUUGUAAUAGCCAUUUCCCUCAACACCAGUAGUGGAAUACUGCUACCAAGUGAACACAGUACACUUGUAUCAAUAUCAAUACCAAGUAACAAACCUUCUACUACUUCAACGUCAUCAACAUUAAUGAGGUCUUCAAUGGCUCUAACUCCAUCACUGAUUAGUAGCAGUUCACAGGUUGUCCCAACUAGGUCUCCGAGUAUUAGCCAGUUUCCAUCAUCCUCUCCACAACCAUCAGUAGUUCGACCUACCCCUGGUAAUGUUGAUGACCCUGACACAUCCAGUGUAGGACUAACUGCUGGUAUUGUGCUUCUCUCUGUGCUCUCAUUCAUACUGCUAGUACUCAUUGUUGCACUUAUUGGUGGGAUAGUGGCCAUUAGCAUGACAAAGCCCAAGAAGAAAAAGAAUCAGAACAAGGCAUAAAAUACAAAUACAUGCAUGUACAUAAUAUCAUGCAUAAUUUGACAUAAUUAUAAAGUAGCAAAAUUUAAGUUUUUUAAUGCAUACAAAAUUAUAAUUCAAUCAUUUGUUCCCAUGUAUCUCAGGAUAAGGCAA